AGAGAGAGAGAGAGAGAGAGAGAGAGAGAGAGUGAGAGAUUAGCAGGCUCGGUUGGGGGUAAGGGUCCCGUUGCGAAACUUUUCUUGGCCUCGAACACGUCAUCGAGCGCGACGAAUCUUGUGUACGCGCGUGUCAUUAUGAAUUAUCAGCCACGAGGAUGGUAGUUUAAAUAUCGAAGGCCGAGGAAGCCAGAGAGGUCUCGGGAAGGUGGUGCUUGGCCGACAGCGACGAUAGUGGAUGACGUGCGCGCACGGCGAGAUUCACCGAUGACAUUUCACGCGGAUUCGAGAGCAGAGGAGCUACCGCAGCGCCGCCGCAACGCGAGCGCGAAAUCAAAGCGUAUGGCCGUCCCGUCGGAGCUUCCAGAGCUUAAACGAGCGAUAUUAUAGAGUGGGUUCCCGUGGGGCUGGGAAAUGGUAGGCCUUGGGCGUUGAUACGGAAAUCGGUACUCGCGGUCCGAUUCGACGGCCACGGAGAUCGUGAGGUUUCCCCGCGACAUUACCGCCGGCCGCGAAACCGUCGGCUGGCCCUCGUCUCCCCACUCCCAUCUCGCCCUACCCCCGGCGUAUGGGAGCCCCCGCCGAGUCGUUUUGUAAUAAAGUCUGGUCGAAUUGGGUGCGAUCGUCGUCGGGAUUAUGUGGCACUUUGUUGGCCUUGGCUCGGUCAUGCAUCGCUAAGAGCCAACGACGACAGUUUGGUAUUGUCAACGUGGAAAAAUAUGUCUACCGCCAGCAGCGUCUUACCUUCCUGACGCUCGUCAUCCACUCGAUUAAUGUGUAUUUGUAAGCGCAGUUAGCAAUGUGGGGCAGUUCGGAAGAACCACCUGGGACGAUGGAGGCGGAUCCUCCAGAAUCAGUGGUCAAUUUAAAAGACUCAUGUGAGCAGAAAACCCAAUUAGAAUCUGUAAAAGAUAUAAUGCUUAGAAAUAAACAGACUUUAAAGCAGAAAGAAGAAGAAUUGCAGAAAUAUGCCAAAAAAUUAUCCAAAUUCAAAUCUCAAGCUAAGAAAUCUGGCUUAAGUAAAAGUGAUGACACGUCUUCCGCUGAAAGUACUCCCAAGUCCAUGCCUGAUAUAAGCAUGGUUGAGUCAUCGGUUGAUGUCGACGACAUCAGUCAAGCGACGACUCCUAAAGCCAAAUCUUCUUUGUUACAAAAAAAAUUAGCCGAAGACAGAAAAAUAUUUCAGCAACGAAAUAAAGAAAUGACUGAAACUAAGAGAGUCGUUCAGGGAAAGGUUGAGGCACUUAAACAAAAAUUAGAUAGACAAAAUGUGACACCCGUCACCCCUCUUAGUCCUGCUUCUGUUCCAUGCCAGACUUGUGAUUCGAUAACGGAGCUACACCAUUUACAAGAUAAAGAUAAUAAGAUUGCUGAAUUAAGUAAUAAGAUUUAUGAUUUGGAAGCUGUCAUUAUAGAUCUUCAAGAUAACUUAAAAGAAAAAGAUUCGGUUAUAGAUUCUAAAACAAAAGCUAUUACUUUGAUGUCCGCAGAUUUGUUAAAGAAAGGAAAAACUACAUUGGAUAAUUUAGAAGACACAAAAGAUGAAAUGCGAUCGAUGCAGGAGAACUUUUUGCUUAUAGAAACAUCAUUACGCAGUAAAAAUGAUAAUUUGUUAAAGCAGUUGGAAGAAAAAAAUCAAAAUUUAUCGACACUGGAAGAAAAUGUUCAGAGUUUGACGGAUGAAUUGGCAACUCAGAAAGAAGCUGAAACUACUAAUGCAGAUUUGUCUCGGUCAACGAUGGAUACUUUAAUCGAUACAAAGGAUGCAAUGAAGUCGAUGCAAGAAAAUUUUGUACUAAUCGAGUCUUCGCUUAAAUCGAAAAACGAGUACCUUCUACAACAAUUGGAAGAACGUGAAAUAAAAUUAGGGGAAGCUCAGGCCAAAAUAUUAAGUCUUGAAAGUGGAAUGGGAAUAGAAAGGCAGCCUGAUGUCGAAGAACUCUCUUACAAAGUAGCCAAAUUAGAGGAAAUCAAUCGCAUUCUUCAAGAUGAGAAAUAUAACUUGGAAAAGAAUGUUGCAAAAUAUCAAGAUCAAAUUAUUAAUAAUGACUUCCUAAAUUCUGCUGAAAUAGUUGAUAAAAAGGAUAAACGAAUAGAAGAAUUAGAAGGUUUAAUCGAAGAAUUGAAAAUAUCAAAUCAACAAAUGGGAGAAGUUAAAAGUAAUGUAGAUAAGCAAAUAGUCGAUUUAAAUAAAAUGAAUGAAGAGACCUUUAAUAAAGUCGCCGAGCUGGAAAAACAGUUACUCGAUAUAGAAAAUGAAAAGAGCGAAUUAAUAGCAAAAUUAACCGUGAACGACAGCGAGGCUUCUAAAGAAGACGAAAAAGUGGAGAAAUUGACGAAAGAGUUGGAUCAAUUAAACAAAAGCAUGAUAAAGAUGAAAGUUGAACAUAAAAACAAAUUGAAGAAUUUGCAAAAACAGAUAAAUAACUUUAAGAAGGUAUCCGACGUGAAUGCCGAAUUAGUGAAACUGGAAAACCAGGUCGCAUUAUUAGAGGAAGAGAAAGGUAACCUUCAGCUGAGUCUGGUAGACUUUGAUGAGCUUAAAGCAUCAACGGGUGAUUUGCAAGAUAGCAUCUGCGACCUCGAAGGUAAGGUCUCGACACAGGCAAAAGAGAUACAGGCUCACAUCGAAGCCAUCGCCAUUCUGGAAAAUCAAAAGUUGGAUCUUAUACAAGAGCUACACGCUGUGAAACAAGAAGUUUCGAGUCUCGAGGUCGAGAACGCUGAAUCGGAGAAUUUGCGGGUAACUGCGGAAAUGAAAGUGGUCGAUCUCGAGGAGAAGCUCGAGUCGUCACAGGGGUGCGCGUCGGCAGUAGCCCUCGACGAUACGGAACGCGCGGAACUUCAGCGGCAGAUCAACGCCUUAGUCCAGGACAACGAGCGGCUUACGCAAAAAAUUAGCAAACUCGAAGAAAUUAAGAGCUCCUCGGAGGUCGGCUCAACAGACUCCUUCGUCAAGACGGGCUCCAACGUAGAUUCGACGGAAUCGUUCGAAGCAUUGUCCACGGACACCGACAAGAUCGAGCUUCUUAAACGCAUCGACGGGCUGACACGCGAGAAUGGCAUCCUUCUCGAGAAGCUCACGCGCUAUGAAGAGAAAGGCUCGUCGGAUACAGGUUCGACUGAGUCAUUCGAGCGGAUUCCCGAGGCCGGCGAUGAGGCGAGAAAGCUCGAAACUCUCGUGCGUGAAAAUUAUGAACUCGUUGAGAAGGUGACGAAACUUGAAGAGAUGCUUGCUACUACUACCAUCGCAGCCGCCGCCGCCGCUGCCGCCGCCACCUCUGCCGCAUCUGUCGUUACUAGUACACGACACACUAACACCGUUGGACUUUCAUUCGAACAAAAAAUCAUCUCCGAUUCAUUGCCAGAGGAACCCAAGGAACUUAAGGAAGCCGCCGCAUUGAUGGAGUCGGAAACGAUUCCAAUUAACCCCUCGGAAGUGGCUGCUUUUGCCGACAGUUUGGCUUCUGACGUCUGGAAGUCUGAUGAUCUACAACAGCUGAUCGAGGAAGUGCCAAUGACGGUAAAACGUGUCGAAGAAACGAGCGCAACUGUGGAUGAGCAUGCGGAAACCAUUAGCGAGUUAAAGCGCAAAAUUAAACUCUACGGGGAUCUCAUAAAUAAGCAAGCGGUUAUUGUCGAGCAGGCGAAAGAGAGGUUCGACAAGAGGGAGAUCGAAUAUGGCAAUGAGCUACUUACCAAUAUGAUAAGGGACCAAGAGGAGACACUUGCUCGCGGCCUGCAAGAAAAAUGGCCCUCCGACUUUGAAUGGUCGGAUGAUCAUAGUAAGGACAUCGAUAUGCCCGCAUUGAGAUCACUGAGUCAAAACAACAACAACAAUAACAACAACAACAACAACAACAACAACAAUAAUAACAACAAUAUCGACAACAAAUUAAUAAUGUGCGAGGAGGAGAUGAAAGAGCUGAAGAAUAAACUCGCCGAUCAGCAAGCGCUUAUCGAGAAACUCGAACCAGACAAUAAGCAGCUACGUGAGCGCCUUGAGAAGGAGAAGCUGAAGGUCACAGUCCUCACGAAUAGUACAGAAGAUGUUAAUGAGCUCGUGGACGUCCUGAUGCAACUCGACGCGGUCCGUCGACACGCGGAUCAAGUGAGCCUAGAGUUACACCAAGCUUAUAAAUCUCUAGAGCUAUUGAAACAAAAGCAUACCGAGGACAUGGACAUGCUCAAUAGACGCCUCGAAGAUGUGAUGGAGGAGCUGCAGUUGCGCGAAAAGGAUAAUGCGAGCCUCGAAAGUGAACUAAAAAAUCUUAAGAACUAUUGUGCAGCCGAGUGCAAAGAACUCGAGGCUAAGUGGAGCUAUGAGAAGAGCGAGAAGGAGAAGCGAGAGACGGAGCUGCAGCAGUGUCAAUUGAGCAUUAAAGAGGAAAAUGAGAAGAUUUUAGAAUUGAAUAUGGAGUUGGAAGAGGCUAGAAGUGCUAGAGACAAGCUUUUGGAAAGAAAUCAGAGGCUAAUGCAAGAUGACAAUGUUGAAUUGAAAUUGCAGAACAAAGAUCAGGAAAUUACGAGGUUGAAUGAGAUGAUAGAUCGUUUGGAGUUGAGCAGAAAAUUGGAUUUGGAGAAACUUGAAGCGACAGAGAGGAGUUGUUUGGAAGAGAAGCAAAGCACGAUUGAAACUUUGGAGCGGGAAUUGAAAUUGGCGAAUAGUGAGAAAGAUAAAGCUUUGCAGAAUCUUCAAGAGAUUGGUAUAGAGUUGAAUAGUAUAACGUUGCAUAAUAUUUCAGUUGAAGAGCUGAAGACAGACAGGGAUGCAGCUUUGUUAGAAAAGGAAAAAGUCAUGGAGGAGUUGAACGAGACCAAGCAAAAACUAAGCAGAAUGCCAUAUCUGGAAAGCCAGUUGGAGUUUGCGAAUAAUAAAAUAGAAGAUAUUUUAAUGCAACUGCAAAUGACCAGUUCGGAACUGACGAAUGCCAAGGGACAUAUCGAUCGUAUUUCAGAAAUGGAGGAUGAAAUGCUAACCAUGGAUAAGGAAAAAAAAUGGGCCGAGUCAGAACUUGAUCGCGUCAGUGAGCAGUUGGGAAACAAGAUUACAAAUGUGGAGGAGGAGUUGCAACACGCCAAUAGCGAAAGAGAUAAAGUUGUGCAGGAAGUCGAGGCGCUUAAAUUGGAACUCGGUCGGGCUAACGAAUCAAUAAGUAAGAUUAUACACAUACAAGGAGACUUGCAACGUACGCAAGAGGAAUUACAGUAUGUAGAGGCGGACAAGAACGAAGCGCUACAGAAGAUCGAAUUGAACUUGGAGGAAAUUAAGCGAAGGGAUGAACAGAUUUCCAAUUUGAAUGACAUGCUGUAUCGAUAUCAAAGCGGCCAAGAGUUUUGCGAGGAAAUUGAGAAGCUCAGGAUGGAGCUUGAAAAGGCUAAGGAUAAAGAUAAGAUAAUUGUUGAAUUGAACGAUGACUUGAACCGCUUGCAAUUCGCUAAAGAUGAGGCCAUGCACAAGGUUGAGCUGUCGAGGGCGUUGUUGAAAGAGGCCAAAGAGAAGGAUAAAAUAAUCAAAAGACUCCAGGAGGAGAGGAAACAGCAUCUAGCCUCGAGGAGCGAGGCUUUGCGCGAGGUCAAGGUGAUCGAGGCAGAGUUAAACGAGGCCAGGAGUACGAUCAAUACAUUGACCGAGGCGAAGGACGAGGCGCGUGAGUUGGGCGUACGUAUGGAGGUGAUGGAGGCCGAGUAUCUCGAGCAACUCAGCCAAAUAAAUUCGCUAAGGGCUGAGAAUGGAAUGUUGCUGUCGAAGCAGGCGCAGGUCGACGAGCGCCUUGAGAACGUGGAGAAGGAGUCGGAGGAGCGCCGUGCACGCUUGGAGCAAUUAGAGAAGGAACGACUGAUGGAGGAAACGCGAAGAAGCGAAGCAACGGUCGACCCCACGUGCGGCCACUGCACGUCUCGUCUCCAGGCUCUCGAGGACAUGCUCCAGGAGCGCGAUGCUGAAAUAGAAAAUUUGAAUAACGAGCUUCACAAUUCCAUCAGCGAUCUCAUGCAGAUGCAAGAGCAUCUCCAAUUGAGCACUCCAGCGAGAACGGCGGCGAGUCACGACAACUCGGUCCAAGAAUCAUACGAGGAGCUUGCGCGCCGCUUUAACAUCCUCGCGAUUCAGGGCGAGGAGGUUAAUGCCAAAUAUGAGGCGGCUCUUAGGCAUAACGAAGAUCUACUUUCGCGCGUGGCUCAGCUUCAAGAUUUCAAUGUAUCGCUGCAGUCGCGCGUGGAUGAGAUCGAGGCGGAGCUGGUGGAGCGAACGAAGGAGCAAUGUGAGGAGGGAUCGAUAGGAUUGGCCCAAGGACUUGUGCAGCCCAGAGGUUGGGGAGACGAGCCGAUGCUCGAAGACGGCUGGAGUUCCGAGAUGAUUGCAAUUGCCUCGAACGACUCGGAGGACUUACAACAAGAGCAAUCGAUGAACGAGACUACGGAACGACGGACGAGAGAGGCGUCUUUACCGUUGUUCGACGCCUCGAUAUUCGGCUCGUCGUCGGCUCAGGUCGACGGUAAAGACGAUAAGCCGUCGAAGUUGCAGCUCGGCGAGUCGGAGAAACAGGUUGGGCUAUCCAAUGAGCAGUUGGAAAGCGAAAAGAAUGCUGCCAUGUCACUUUUACAGGAAGAAUUGGUGAAGUUGCGUUCGAGUCGGAGCGAGCUGGAUGUAACCUUGACCUCGGCGACUACCGUCGGUACUGAGCCGACGAGUGAAUCGCCUCUGAAUGACCAACAGGAUUAUAAGGCAAAGUUGGAACAACUGUUGCCGGAGUUGGAUAAUCUCGUGUUGGAAAAUGAGGAGCUUUUGGCCACGCAAGAAGUUUAUAGAAGUCGACUGAUCGCGGCCGAAGCGAAACUCAGCACUGAUGAGAGUGCGAGGAUCGACGAGCUUCAGAAUCUAGUUAAGCGCAUCAUCAGCGAGAGAGAUCUUCUGCAAUUGCAGAUGAACGACGUGACGCGUGCCUACGAGGAGCAGCGAGAGAACAGCGCGGCUGACAUCAAAGGCCUUCGGGAGCAGCUCGAGACUUCCUCACGGGCGAGGAGUCAACUCGUCAAGGAGCUCGAAGACCUUCGUAGCACGGCUGAAACCGUGCCCUCCAUCGAGCGAGAGGUCCCACCGGAGUCAAUGUGGGAGGACGAGGACGAUCCUUGGGGUUUUAAUGAUAAAGCGAUCACGAGCGAGCAGCACAUGGAUAUACCCGUCGUUCCCAGCGAGACUAUUCAAUUGCAGGUGCGAGUCGAUGAGCUAGAGGAGAAACUAAAGGAGUUGAGCGAAGAAAAAAAGAGACUUAUGGAUGAGAAUAAGAAUACGCAGCUGAAGAAUGCCAAGUGUGUGAAGAAACUAAAGGAAUACAGGCUACAGCUCGAGAGUCUUCAGCAGCAGAUAAAGUCACAAAGGUCCGUGGGUAGAUUCGGCGUGGAUCUUGAUUCCGCAAUAGAGGAUGAGUUAAAGGCGCAAAUCGAGAAUCUGGAGAGGGCGCUGACGGAAGCGCGCGAGGAGAGUAAGAAGGCGAUCGCGGAUAAAGAGAAUAUAUUAAAGAAAAUCGAUGCACUGACCGUGGCGACAGAGCGGUUUACCGAGAUCAAAGACAAACAAGACACGGAGCUGCACAUUUGGCAAAAACGUUAUAAGGAACUAGAGGCCAAGUUCCAGCAUGCCGAUGCAGUCCCUGAGAUGAGGGAGGUUUCAUCGUCUACCGUUGAGAGCAGUAACAACGACGCCGCCACAAUAUCCAAAUACGAGGAAGAGCUCAAAGAGACGAGAGCCAACGUGGACGCACUUGCAACGGAGAACGAGCAAUUGCAGCAGCUGCUCGAGGAGCACCGCACGAAACGUCAGGCGAACAUUGACGACCUGCAAACUAAAAACGAGGAUUUGACAGCGAGCAACCAUAAGCUCAUGAGCGAUUACGACAGCCUCAGGAAGCAGUACGAGCAGAGUCUGAUGGACGCGAACGACCAGGUGCAGAGCAUGCGCGAAAAUUACGAUCUAUUGAAGCAGGAGCUCGAGGAGAAGAGCAGGGAUAACGAGAGGCUUGCCACCGAUCUCCACGACUCGGCAGACACGAGGGCGCAACUCGAGUCCAAGAUAGCGGACUUAAAGGAGUUAUCGAGCCUUCUGGAGAUACGCGAGCAAGAGAUAGCAAAGCUCACAGAGGAGCUGGAGAAUCGUUCUUCGGUCGUGGAGACCGAGGCCGAACUGCGGAUCGUUAAGGAUAAGAUCCAAGGUAUGGAAUUGUCGAUCGAGGGCUACCUGACGGAAUUGCACGAGCGAGCCGAAGAGAUACGCGCUCUGCGUGGAAGGACCAACAACCAGGAGGCUGCGUUAAUUGAUCAAGAACAGCGACUCGCGUCAAUGCACUCGGAGCUCGAAGAUAAAGAGGCGAAGCUGCGUGAGCGCGACGAGGAGAUUCGCAGUGAGCGGAACGAGCUCAGUGAUUACAAAAUGAUCUUGGUUGAUAAAGAGCGAUCGAUCGCGGAACUCGAUUCCCAGCUCCGGGCGUUAUCCCUGUAUCGCGAGAACGUCGAGCAGGAGUUUGAGCGUAAAGUGGAAGAGGCUGAGCAGCGGGUGAAGGAGCUCGAUGCCAUUGUUGCCGAGAGAGACACCAGUCUGCGCGAAAUGGAAGAGACGAGGGCAAAACUGGAAGAAACACUGCUGAAGCAGAGGACCGAGGCGAAAGCUUCCGUCGUGCGCGAGACCGAUAUGCCGCUAUUCUCAUUUCCCGGGGAUACCGAUGACAACGAAUUGCAAAGGCUAAGGGCCGAGUUGGCCGCAAAGAACGAUGACGUCGAACGACUGCAGGACUGGAUCAGUCAGAACUCUAUAACGCGCGUUGUCCAGGGCAUGCAGGACAGCAUUAAUGUCCUCCACAACGACAAGUCUACAUUGGAGCAGCAGUUGGUUGAGAAAAGCCAAGAGAUACAAAUUCUCAAGUCUCGAGUGGAGGAGCAGGAAAAGCCGGAUCCACAGCCGCGCAAGAGAUCGUUAAACGAGGAGGACACGUUGAUGAAACUUCAGGAUGAGCUGGAGUCGCGGAGUCGGGAAUUGGUCGAGCUACGUCAGACGACGAGUGACAAGGAGUUACAGUUGAUGUUGGCCUUGGAGCGGGGGGUCAGAGAUGCGGAUGAUCUCAGGACCGAGCUGCGUGAAAAACAGGAGCAGCUUGAGAGUCUCAAGUUCACGGUUGCUGAGCUGCAGAGCGAAGUCGCUGGGCUAAGGGCACUCGAGGGCAUUGCCGCCGAGGACAGGGCAAUUAUCGAUAGACUUACGGCCGAGAAGGAGCAGACUAGGCGAGAGGCACAGAAGGCCAUUGAGGACAUUCUCAAGGAAAAGGAGGUGGAAAUCGACGAGCUAAAAGUUCAGUUGGCGAGCGAGAAAUCGACCUUAAUGGUGGCUCUUGGCCUACGCGAUCGCGAUCUCGAAAAUCUGAAGCUGCAAAUGGAGGAAAUGAGUGUGGUCCGUGAUGGCCUUUUGGAGGCAAGCGCCGGUCGACUGUCGAAGCUCGAGGACGAGCUCUCGGAUCGGGACAGGCAACUUGCCGACCUUACGUUUACCAAAGAUACGGAGAUUCGUAACAUGCAGAUUCAGCUGAGCGAGAAGAACGCACGAGUGGAGGAACUAACGGCACUCAGUGAGGAGGAAGAGCGUCAACUAGAUGAAUUACGUCGAUUACUUCAGAUCAAGGAGCUGCAAAUAAACAGUCUUAACCAGCAGAUUGCCGAGAAGGUCAAGGAGUUCGAACUGAUGGAAUAUGCGCUACAGCGGCACUCUCUCGGCUCUCAACAAUCUAGUCAAGAGAAACAACAGCAGCAGCAACUACACGAGCAGGAGUCAGGCCCGGAGUCCGUGGCCUCGUCUUCAGCGGCCGACGAGCUCGAUCUCGCUUUGUACAUGCUGCAUCAGCGGGACGUACGCUGCGAGGAACUCACCCACGAGCUUAUACAGCUGCUGGAGGAGCGCGACACCCUGCAGCUGAGGCUGUCGAACGCCAUACGCGUCAACGAGGAGCUGCGGAAGUACAAUCUGGGAGCGGCAGUCUCAAAUCUAAGAAGGAAUGUGUCGCCGACGGAGUUGAUGUCCGAGCAUGUCGAGCCUCUCAUCCGUAAUCCCUCGUCUUCCCAACUGGAAGAUCCAAUUGAGAUUGCCAGGGAGGCCAUUAAUUCGUCGAUCGACGAAGAUAAGAAGGCUCUUGCUCAGAAGUUGUCACAGCUGAAGAGCGUGGACCAAGGUCGGGACAUACGACUGAGUGACGAGCGAGAGCUGAGACACGCCCAGCAAAUGUCGCUGCUCGGUCACGGGGACGUAUCGAGUACAUUACCAGCGGACACUGCCACCAGGCUGGUGAAUGCCAAUUACACGCUUUCGCGGGACGUUCAGAGUCAAUCGAGCGUUUUAAUGAAUUGGCUAUGGGGAAAGAGCACACCGAAAAUAGUACACAUGUGAUUGAGGAGAAGUCGAAAGAACAAAAGCAGAAAUAACAUCAGCUAUAUCUUCAUCUAUUUACAAUAAACAUUCCUUGUGAAGUGGAAUCCAAAGCAAAAGAUCGCUAAUCGUUCAUUAGCUUUGAAAAUCUAUACUACGUAUAAAGGUUUGAAAAGCCCUUGUAGGGCUUCUUAUCAGCAUUCACGUUGUGCUUUUUAUUUGUCAGACAAUUAGAAAGAAAAGGACAGCGUACAAUAAUAAUUACUCUUGUUGCCCAUCGGUAGCAAGUCAAAUGUAUUAUAUAUAUAUGUAGCAUGGAAAAAAACAAAUGAGAAUUUAAAAAAUUUGUAUCUGUAUAACGAAUGCAUUUGUUUAUUGAUUCGUAAAAUACAAAGUUGUAUUUUCAGAGUUGCCUUUGCGUGGACAGUAAAGAGAAGGAUAAAAGGAAAGAUAAAAAAUCAUACACUUGUUUGUU